AUGGCAGGCUUGAAAAGAUUGUCUCCGUACGAUGGCAUGCUCAAAGUGAUUGUCCCGUACAAUGACAUGUUCGAAGAGAUUGUCUCCGUACGAUGGCAUGCUCAAAGAGAUUGUCUCCGUACGAUGGCAUGCUUGAAGAUAUUGUCUCCAUACGAUGGCAUGCUCGAAGAGAUUGUUACCGUCCAAGCCACCUGUGUUACCCUAACUGCUAUGUCUGUUGAUCGAUACAUAUUAAUCGUUCAUGCAGUCAAAUCACGUACUACGAGAACUACUAACAAGGCUGUGUUUAUCAACGUUUCCAUAUGGCUCGUUUCGUUCCUCGUCCACCUUCCUGUUGCGAUAUACCAAACGUACAAAGUCGAGGCCAACGUGUGCAUCAUGCCCAUGGGUCCUGACAACGCCAACGAGAAGUACUACUAUCUCUUUUCCUUCAUCUCCAUGUACCUGCUACCGCUCAUCAUAAUCCUGGUCUGCUACGCUAACAUCCUUCUCAUGGUAUGGAGGAAGUCCAGUGCUGGAACGGAGAGUGCAGCGGCUCACGAGAGAUCCAUACGACAGAAGCGCAAGAUUACCCGUAUGGUGUUCAUUGUAGUACUGCUCUUUGCAGUCUGCUGGUUGCCCAUACAAUGUAUUUUGCUUUGGAACAACUUUCACUCCAAACUCGCCCAGUCCAUGAAUCCCAUAACCUUGGGCAGUCUGCACUUCUUCUCACUCUGUCUCAGCUACGCAAAUUCAUGCGUAAAUCCAUUUAUAUAUGCUUUUACCACGGCAAGUUUCAAGAAACACUUCAAGCGGGUAUUUGCAUUCUGUGUGGAGCCAGAGGAGAGUACAGACGAGAAGCCGACCGGAAACUCCGGCUAUAGAAAAGCAGGCAAGUACCUUAAUGAGUACUCAUCUGUCAACACCUGUGAUACUAAAUUGUGAGCUAUAAAAAAAAUCUCUGGAAUAUCCUAUUUCUGGAGAGAGAAAAAAUGACAGAACAUAAGUAGUUGGAUCUCGAAUGGACAAAACCAGUAGAUGCGUUUAUCAGUAUCAGACCUGGCCGACGUGUAGGCAUAGACCAAACAUUGUGAUGGAGAUAGGGUAAGAACGAAGAACAGAAAGGGUAUUCUGCUUUUUGACAAGGUCACUGAAUGUUAGAAUCUCAAUGCUCGUACUGAGCCAUGAAUUGAGCUGGAAGAGUAUGGCCGAACACCAGAGGUCGAGGAGAAUGACUGAUGAUGAAAAUAUAGGAUUGGAAGAAUAUAAGACGAUGAAUCUAUAGAGGAAAAGCCAAAUAGUAAGACUGCGUGAAGAAACUAAGACUACAAUAGAGCUAAACGACGUCUCAAUGCUCUUAUCUAUUUCAGAUCAAACUUCAAUCAAACGAACGAUGCUGGCAAGUCAAGCGAGGACAGUAGGCAAUUGACAUGGUAAAUUCUAGUACAUAGUACAACCUGAAGUAAGGGUUAUUAGGACUAUACCUUGAGAUGACUUACAGUAUGAUUCCAAGAGUUUGGCUACGCGUCUCACGCUCCACUACCAGGGUCCAGAUUCCGUUCUAACAGCUAAACUGUUAGCAUGGUUAAACAAGACAUUUAAGAAAAUGUUGAUGAAAGAUAUGACGUAUAAAAGCAUUGUGUCAUGAUCAUUCCGAUUACAUUUCCUGCUAACUAACUGUUGGGCGAUUUACUUACCUAAUCUUUUUAAGAGGGAACGUGUACGUUAUUUGUGUACUGGUGAUUCAAGGGAUGGGCAUAUUCGUCGGAACUAUACAGAUGAAGAUAUCCCCCGAUAAUACGCGCCAUUAUUGCGGUCAUAGUAUUAGGAAACUGGGAAUAAAACAUUGUGAGAAGUUUGUAAUUUUUCCCUAUGGAAUAGAUUUUCUGCUUUGCGUCACGUUGUCUGUACUCUAUUUACUUCCCUAUGGCGGAGACAGUUGUCUCAAACAACAGACUGGACAACAAAGGCGGAAUCAGACAGAGAAACAGCUCAUCUGUCCAUCUUACUUGAAGCAAGAACUUAUCUUAGCUCAUCAGUAGGAUCGUUACCGGAUUGGCUAAUGGAUUGACAAACUAGCAAGAUUGCUGGUAGUGAUAACCUACAAAGCCUGGAUCGCCGAUUGUCCGCUCGUUCCAUGAUACGUUCCUAAUUUUAUAGUGGCAUCGCAGCACUACUAGUGGAAUCCGAUGACGCUUCCGCAACCGCCCGAACGAACGUUUCAUCUUCAAAUUACCCAUAUCCCCCAACGGGUGCUUGGCUGUUCGGAUGAAAUGUCACCGUUUAAGUGAUCUUGAAAAAUGAUGCGGGCAUUCUAUGUCUAUUCCGAUGUUUAUCGCACUUUAGUUUGGGUUUCUCUUACUUUUUAUGUUGCUAGCAUUGAAUGACAAUUUCUCUGUAGGUGCCAGUAAAAUGAUGCUGAAAUCAAAAAAAAAAGAAUGGCAGAGAAGUCCAUUCCUGCCCUUUUUUUUACCAAUGUUCCAAGUAUAUAUAUUAAACUGAUUAGAAUACCAUGAUAACCCCGUAUACAAACGUACUCAAACUUUAGUCAUUCUUUAUAACUUUGUAUACAGUUUAUGGUUUCAAGUUUUCAAGAGUUAUAUUCUUAUAAAUAACUUUCAUAACUUAAACAUAGAUAACUAUUUUGAGGUUUAUAGAAGUCAUCAUAAGAUCAGACGGGCAAUCUCAAAGGGAAUUAAAUUCCCUUUGGAUUUUUGUUAUAUUACAAUGCAACAAUAAAAGUAGCUUCUUGCUUUCAAAUAUCAAACAGAUAUUAGGUGAUGAACAUUUGUAUUGCUGUUUAGGGAAUAAAUAAAACCAAUAAUUUGUUGGCAUUUAUCAUUUGAAGUACUGUUAUCAUCACUUUUAUCAUACAAUUAUUAUCAUAUUUAUUAUUCUUAUUCUCUGUUCAUUAUCAUGAUUGCAGUUAUUUACUAUAAGAAAUACUACUGGUUCAGGUACAUGUAGUAGUAGUAGUAGUAGUAGUAGUAGUAGUAGUAGUAGUAGUAGUAGUAGUAGUAGUAGUAGUAGUACUGGUAGUAGUAGUGGAAGUAGUAGUAGUAGUAGUAGUAGUAGUAGUAGUAGUAGUAGUAGUAGUAGUAGUAGUAGUAGAAGAAGUAGUUAUGUUGUUUUUGUUAUAGAUGUAGUAGUAACAAGCGACAGUUACCGCGGUAGUUGAAGUAGUAGUGUAGGGGAUUAGAAAUAUCACCAUCAUAAUUUUAGAUUUUCCCUUUGUAGAUCAUUCAACAUUAAGUGGGUUCCCAACAUAUCUUUACUUAAUGGUUUAAUAAAACUUUCUCGCGUAUAUCUUAGGCUUCCGGUAAAAAAACGAUUAAAACUUUUAGCAUAAAUAAACAUUUAAAAUUCCUUUAGCACCUGUUUAAACAAAGCGUUUCUGUUUUUAAUGGGCAAAAUCGUGAAAAUAACAUUAUAUAACAGCAAUGUUUACGGUUGACCACACCGUUCAACUUGCUAUUUUACAUUCGAUCCACCGUAAAUUUGCGGUUCGCAUAUAGCCCUUGUGGGGUUUAGGGUCCUUAAAUGAAUAUUUCACCGUAAACUUUGGCCAACUGUAUCCCUGCCUUGUUUAUCACCACUUUAUAUAAUAUCAAAUCGGGGGAUUCACAGAAGGAAAAUUGAAUAUUGGAUUUCAAUUUUCCCUGAUGUUUCGCCUUAUCAAGCUACCUUGCCUACUGAUGUAUACAUCCUACGUUCUGUAUUGUCAUGAAUGAUUUUAGACAGAUCAUAUAAUUCAUCCUUUUGAAAUUACCAGGUGACAUGGCUUUUUGCAAGUCUGGUAUGUUAGGAUUCAUAUUUAAGAUGUAUGUUCAAUAGACUUUAUUUUCUGUUCAAUUAUUCACAAUAUUCAAAGAUGUGCAGUUAUUCACACACACCAGUAAUAGUGUAUUUUCUGAUCGAUAUUUUUAUGGCUUUACGCGAUGUCAUUUCAUUUUCCAAUGGCUCAUGAUAAAUCCAUUAUUUUAACCUAACGUAUCCAGCCCCUCAAUACGUGAUGUAUUUGUUUCAAUUACUAUAAGCCGUUGAUGUAUGAUAUAUAGAUAUGUAAAUAAGAAAUAUUGUAUAUAGGCCUACAUUGUAAAUAAUGUCUGUCUAAUGUGAAUAGAUGAUAAGUACAUUUUAUUUGUGUUUCGACGUAUCUUCUCGUUGUUGCUGCACUGGAUAUUUUGAAAAGGCUAAGCAGUAAAAAGAAUACCCUCAUCUUGUUAAAAGGUUUCCAUUUUUUCUUAUUCUUAUCGUUUGUUAUGAUGGAUACCGGCGCAUUACAAAUAUUCAUAUUAUUAUUAUUAUUAUUAUUACUGGUAGUAGUAGUAGUAGUAGUAGUAGUAGUAGUAGUAGUAGUAGUAGCAGCAGUAGUAUUAGUAGUAUCAUUAUUAUUAUUAAUCAAACUUAACAUGAUUUUCUUCCAAAAUAAAAGAAUGGGAACAAUCACUCAUAUCAACAUCAUUAUCCCAUUUAAGGCAAUUUGUUCGAAUCAUUUUCCAUGAAAUCACAGUUAUUUCAUCCAGGAAAUUAAAAAACAUACAGACAUGAAAGUGUCAGCGCUCACAUUUAUAUUCUGGACCGAGUGUGCUUAUAAACCUUUAAAAAAAAAGAAUAUAAUUAUGUUUUUAUUUUGUAUCCGACUUUGAUGAGAUUUCUUUGCUGUUGACGUCAAUGGGUGUGUUGUGAUUAACUGAUGUUUUGGGGAAGGCCUGUUUUUCUUUUUUUAAAUAUAAGAUCGACUUUAACUCGAAGUGGAUUUUUUUUUUGUUUAACAAGAUUUUCAAUUUAGGUGAAAAUCGCAUCAACUACCCUAAUUCAUAAAAUUUCAAUUUCUAUUCAAUAUUCAGCUAUAAUGAUAAAGAAGAGAUAAAUUGCUGCAGCCUAGCUUAAUAUGCGUAUGUUACGUUUUAUGGAUGUACAUUGUGUUGUAGUGUAAAAAAAAUGUAAAAAUGUGUGAAAAUUGAACGUGUGAUUAAAAGCAGACAUGACCAACAC